GUUUGCACGAGCCCAAUAGGCGAACUCUCCACUGUUGUGAACUUGUAUCUCCACUCCUUGUGUUUGCUAUAUUGAUUCUUCAGCUCUUACUUUUGAGAUCGCGUAGAUAACGUUCUCUCUAUUUGCGGACAGCAAGUGCGUGCAUUUUGAGUUUUGUAGGAUGUGUACGGGAAAGUGCUCGCGUUUCGUCGCUGGAUCCCUGUACCCGUUAGCCUUUAUCUCUAUUAUAUGUAACAUUAUUCUGUUCUUUCCCGGUUGGUCGGUUAAAUACGCGCAAAAUGGCAGUCUUACCGAAGAGGUGAAAUACAUGGGGGGUCUAAUUGGAGGGGGAUUACUGGUGAUGACUCCAGCCCUCUUUAUACAUCUAACUGGGCAGAGGGGAUGUUGUGCAAACCGUUGUGGAAUGUUCCUGUCCAUUGCCUUUGCAGCACUGGGUGUUGCUGGUGCCCUCUACAGUUUUGCAGUGGCAUUGUUAGGGCUGAUUAAUGGGCCCUACUGCAACUAUGCUCUUAUGCUCUGGGGAACACCCUUUAAGGACAAGUCCGAGAGUUAUUUGAAUCAUCGGGACUGGUGGAGUACAUGCAUGGAGCCAAAGAACGUGGUGGAGUUUAAUGUGGGUUUGUUCUCCACUCUGCUGGUGGUCAGUGGCCUGGAGCUUAUCCUGUGUGCUUCCCAGAUGAUCAACGGUCUGUUUGGCUGCCUCUGUGGAACCUGCAUGGAUAAAGGAACUCUGUAAAACUUGGGGGUGACUGGUGUCCACAGGAGCAUAUUUCAACACCACAGUUAAACAGCGCCCUCUAGGGAACAACUGAAGAAAAUCCCAUUACCGUUUACUUAGAAGAAUAAGUUUGCCUGCUCAGUGAUUAUAUUGGAUUGGAUAAUUAAAGCAGUUCAGAGAAGUUUAACAAUGAAUUCAGAAAGGUUUAAUUGUUAUCAUUCAUCAUUGUUUGGUUAUACAUUUCAGGUUAUUGUAUAAUUUAAAAGACUGAGUCCAUUCACAUAAUUUUCCACUCACAGAAUUGUGAAUUCAAGCUUUUCCAUGUAGCUAGCUAAUAAAGAUGGGCAAUGUCUCCAAAUAUUAUCUCAAAUAGUCAUUAGUGACAAAACAUUGAGACAAAAAUAUUUUGAGUUUGAUUUAAAUAAAUGUUUGAUACAUAUUUGACUAUUAUAAUUUUCAUGUCAAAAUCCAUCAUCAAUUUUGAAGUUCUUGCUAACUUUAGCCAGACUUGUUCAGCGUUAAAAGACCAUGAUGUAAAAUUGUGCUUCUACUAUACUUCAUCAUAUUUAUGAUUACUGAGCAAUUAGUAUGUUUACAAAUGCAAAAAUACCAUAAUUAUGUACACUUGAAAGAACCUGGACUCAGAGCUACACUGUUUAUAACUAGUGAUCUUUUAAUACUUUGAGAGAUUGCUUGCUUUUUCACUCUUUAAUUUUCAUAGCUUUAACAGCUAUUCUUGCAGAGAUCAUUUACAAGCCUGUUUAUGAGCUUUUAAUAAUAACCUAUUUGCUUUACAUAAGACAAAGUGUAUGAUGUCACAGCAGUAAAAAAUAUUAAAAAUAAAAUUGCAUUGGAUUCUUUUUAAA